AUGGAAGUGAAGUGUCUGUACACCUCACAAAUCCUCAUUUUAGACAAUAAGGGCCUCCUCAUGACUUCAUCUUUAAGUGAUUUCCGCUGUAGCAGCAGCAGCAGCAGUGCAGCAAGAGCAGCAACAGUAGCAGCAGCAGCAGCAACGGUAGCAGCAGCAGCUGCAAUACUGGGAGUGGCAGUUCUCGCAGGCGCAGUUGUGACAAUGGUAGGAGCAGCAGCAGCACUAUACGUUGCAGCGGCAGCUGCAGCGCCAUCUGCAGCAGCAGCGAGAAAUGCAGCAGCAGCAGCAAGAGUAGCAGCGGCAGCAGCAGACACAGUGCGACAACAGCAAGCGUUUCAGCAGCAGCAACAGCAAUUUUAG